CGCAGUACAUCUGCGCCCGUGUUGGCUUUGGCAGUUUUCGUUGGCCCUUUGCUUGUCUGCUUGCAGUGUGGCUUUUGCCCUUUUGUGAGGGGUCGCCGAGGAGAGACGAGAUGGGACUCCCAGAGGCCAAGGAAUCCAUCCGUGCCCUUGCCCUUGCUGUUGCUGCUUCUGUCGCUUGGCGACCACCACCGCUGCUGCUUCUCUGCUGCUAUAGCAACAGCUCCAACAAUAACAACAAUCAUAACAGCGUGACCUCGCUUUUCUUAUAUACCUCUCCUCUUCCGCGACGAAAAGAAGGAAAGCCUCGUUGAAUAUGGCAGCGACAUCUGUGGCUUUCCGUGCCUGCCCGCGCUUGUGUUGUCAACUCCAAUCCUGAGGCCAUAGAGCGCUAAAGUGGCCCCUCAAGGUCUGCGGAAAUACAACGAGCCAGAGAAGAAGAGAAAUCUGCCUUGCUGCACGAUUUCUUACGACUUGUUAUUUUCUCCUCUCUUCUCUUUUUCUUUUCUGGGGUUAACCGGGUGAAGUUUCAAGAAAAGGGAAAAAAAAAACGAAGACGGAUUAAAAUAUCCGUGAUCUUUGCUGAAGUUGGAGUUCGCUUCUGAUGUUUUGGGUUCCAUCAGGGUUCCUGUUUGGAUUUUGUUGAUUCGCAUUAACCCGAGAGGGCAAGUUUUAGGGGAAAGGUGGCUCCUUUUGAGGAUUGGCAGAAAAAAAAGGUGGUUUCUUCAAGGAUUUGGGCAGGAGGAUGUUUCUUCUUGUUGGCCUUGGACACUGGUCUCGGAACCGCGCUAAAGAUUUCAUCCGAUAGCUCGCUGUUUGCAUUUGUGGGUCUCGCGGGCUUUGGAUUUGGUAAUAAGCUGGAAUUAGGAAGCUGAACUUAUGCUAUGAUUUGUUUGCCUGGGAUGGUCAUUGGGUGGGGGAUUAGUGCAAACAUGUUGGCUGCGGCAAAAGGGUCGUGACCGAGAAGGACACGAGAGGAAGGGCAGAAUUUGGAGUGGGGAAGGAGCAUGGGGAGGAAAGCUCUUCUCUUUUGGACGCUUUGCUUGGUGCCGAUGGACUUCCUCUGUUCGUCUUCCGCAACACUCUCACCUUCUGGUAUAAAUUAUGAAGUGGUUGCAUUGAUGGCUAUAAAAAUGGAACUACAUGACCCUUACAAUGUUUUGGAAAAUUGGGAUAUCAACUCAGUAGAUCCAUGUAGUUGGAGGAUGGUUACCUGCUCUGCAGAUGGAUACGUUUCUGCCCUGGGACUACCCAGCCAAAGCUUGUCUGGCAUGUUAUCACCUGGGAUAGGAAAUCUUACAAAUCUUCAGUCUAUGCUGCUUCAAAAUAAUGCUAUAUCUGGACCUAUUCCUGCUGAGAUUGGCAAACUGGAGAAACUCCAAAUGCUGGACUUAUCCAACAAUCAGUUCAGAGGCACUAUUCCUAGUUCACUUGGGGACCUCAAGAACUUGAAUUAUCUGCGACUAAACAACAACAGUCUAUCUGGACCUUGCCCCGAUACAUUGUCCAACAUUAUAGGCCUCACUCUUGUGGAUCUUUCUUAUAACAAUCUGAGUGGUUCCUUACCAAAAAUAUCCGCGAGAACUUUUAACAUUAUUGGAAACCCUCAAAUGUGUGGAUCUGUCUCAAAGAGUAAGUGUUCUUCUGUAUCACUCGAUCCACUUUCGUAUCCGCCAGAUGAUCUAAAGGCUCAAUCACAGCUUGGAGGAUCAAACAGCCGGUGUGCUGCUGUCAUAGUUGGUGCCAGUGUUGGUUCUGUCAGUUUGCUAGUUACCGUCAUUGGCUUGCUUCUUUGGUGGCGGCAUAGACUCAAACAGCAUAUAUUUUUUGAUGUAAAUGAUCAAUGUGAUUCAGAAGUGUGCUGGGGGCACUUGAAGUGGUAUUCAUUUAAGGAGCUUCGAAUUGCCACCAACAACUUCAACUCCAAAAAUAUUCUUGGAAAAGGAGGGUAUGGUAUUGUUUACAAAGGUUGCUUGUGUGAUGGCUCCAUAGUAGCUGUUAAACGUUUAAGAGACUAUAACACCAUUAGAGGCAUUCAAUUCCAAACUGAGGUUGAAAUGAUAAGCUUGGCAGUUCAUCGUCAUCUACUUAGGCUUUGUGGAUACUGCACGACAGAGAAUGAGAGGCUCCUGGUCUAUCCUUACAUGGCCAAUGGUAGUGUAGCUUCUCAAUUAAGAGAACAUAUUCAUGGUAGGCCAGUUUUAGACUGGUCAAGACGGAAAAAAAUAGCUUUGGGGACGGCCCGGGGAUUAUUUUAUCUGCAUGAGCAGUGUGAUCCAAAAAUCAUACAUCGCGAUGUAAAAGCUGCCAAUAUUCUUCUUGAUGAAGAUUUUGAAGCAGUGGUUGGAGAUUUUGGGUUGGCAAAACUUUUGGAUCAUCAGGAGUCACAUGUCACAACAGCUGUUCGUGGAACCGUGGGGCAUAUUGCGCCAGAGUAUCUUUCGACUGGCCAGUCAUCAGAAAAGACCGAUGUCUUUGGAUUUGGUAUACUAUUACUCGAGUUGAUUACUGGUCAGAAAGCAUUGGAUUUUGGAAGACUUGCAAACCAGAAGGGUGUAAUGCUUGACUGGGUAAAGAAACUCCAUCAGGAGAAUAGACUGAAUAUAAUGGUGGACAAAGACCUUAAAAACAACUAUGACAGGGUCGAGCUUGAAGAAAUGGUUCAAGUGGCUCUUCUUUGCACACAAUUUCACCCUUCUCACCGCCCAAAGAUGUCAGAGGUGGUGAGAAUGUUGGAAGGUGAUGGCCUUGUCGAAUCAUGGGAUGCCUUGCAGAAGAUGGACACCCCAAAAUGCCGAUCCCUGGAGCGACAAUCUCCCAAGUAUGUGGACUUCAUGGAGGAUUCGUCAUUGGUGUUAGAAGCGAUCGAACUUUCAGGCCCCAGGUGAGCAUGAUAAUGUCGUUGAUUGUAAGUAAAUUGGUGAAUUAUUUGGGAGCUUGGAAACGGAAGCCAAGUUGUUCCCUCGUAUUUUUAGUCAGAGAACCUGUGUGCCAUGCAUUUAUUUGUGCAAAUGAAGAGAGGUUUGUAUAUGCAAAAAAAAUUAGAAGAACGGGGGACAGUUCGAAUAUAAAUGUGGCUAUGGUGCUCACGGUGGUUUAAGCCCCGCAUUGCCGGUCAAACCAUCCAUCCAUCUGCAUGUCGACAGUCCAUCUUAUUCGAAAGAAAUAGAUGAAUGAGUGAUAAAUUGAAUUCG